CUUUCAAUUUCAAAACUUCUCUAUGGCUUCCUCCAUCUGUUCUUUCCUCCUUCUGAAAAGUGCUUUCUUUGCCCCUUUACAGAACUAACCACUUCAGCAACUCUUUGGACACUUUCCUUCUUGUGAAUAAUUUGCUCUAUCGGCCCCUCAAAAGCUUGCCGUGUAUGUAAAUUAUUACCUGUAAGAGGAACCGCUGGGAGUCGUGCAAACUUUCAUUGUAAACUUUAGCCCAGAAUUUGGCUCCUCCUGCAGAAUGUCUCCACCAAUCAAGGAAAGUGCUUUGGGCCAGUCUUGCUCCUCCGGGUUGUCAGGCUGCUCCUCCCUCUUGUUUUGACUGCUACGAGGAAAAAGCAGAUGUGAGAACUCAAGAUUCAGGGCUGCUCUUCUAGGAAACAAGUCUGCCAUAAUCUCCAGCUGUGUUGGAAUCUGUUAACUAAUGAAUUGGUCUCUGUGCAAAUCCUGAGUGCUAAAGUUUCCAACAAGACUGAUGCUAGCUUGUGUCACCAUGAAGAUGCUACAUCAUGCCAAGUGUUGCCAGCGCCUAACAAUUUUUGGUUCUGUGAGGGCAUUGCAUAAAGAUAAUAGAAGAGCAACCCCUCAGAAUUUUUCCAACUAUGAAUCCAUGAAACAGGACUUCAAACUGGAGAUUCCAGAGUAUUUCAACUUUGCUAAAGAUGUCCUGGACCAAUGGACUAAUAUGGAAAAGGCUGGAAAGAAACCUUCAAAUCCAGCCUUCUGGUGGAUCAAUGGAAAAGGAGAAGAGGUGCGAUGGAGUUUUGAGGAACUGGGAUCUCUGUCCAGAAAAUUUGCCAAUAUACUUUCAGAAGCCUGUUCCCUACAAAGAGGAGAUCGGGUAAUUCUGAUUCUACCCAGGGUCCCAGAGUGGUGGCUUGCAAAUGUGGCCUGUCUGCGAACAGGGACAGUUUUAAUUCCAGGAACCACUCAGCUGACCCAGAAAGACAUUCUCUACAGACUACAGUCUUCAAAAGCAAACUGCAUCAUCACCAAUGAUGUUUUAGCCCCAGCAGUAGAUGCUAUUGCACCCAAAUGUGAAAAUCUGCACUCCAAGCUGAUUGUAUCAGAGAACUCCAGAGAGGGGUGGGGGAACCUUAAGGAGAUGAUGAAAUGUGCCAGUGACAGCCACACCUGUGUGAAGACAAAACACAAUGAGAUCAUGGCCAUGUUCUUUACCAGUGGAACAAGUGGAUAUCCGAAAAUGACUGCACAUACCCACAGCAGUUUUGGCUUAGGAUUAUCUGUAAAUGGAAGGUUCUGGCUAGAUUUAACACCCUCAGAUGUGAUGUGGAAUACCUCAGAUACGGGCUGGGCAAAGUCUGCCUGGAGUAGUGUUUUUUCUCCAUGGAUCCAGGGAGCAUGUGUAUUCGCACACCAUUUACCCCGUUUUGAGCCAACUUCUGUCUUGCAAACACUCUCCAAGUACCCCAUUACAGUCUUCUGUUCAGCAGCAACUGUAUACCGAAUGCUUGUACAGAAUGAUAUGGCCAGCUAUAAGUUUAAAAGCUUAAAGCACUGUGUAAGUGCUGGGGAACCAAUCACCCCUGACGUGACUGAAAAAUGGAGAAACAAGACGGGCCUAGAUAUCUACGAAGGAUAUGGACAGACUGAAACGGUGCUAAUCUGUGGAAAUUUUAAGGGAAUGAAAAUUAAACCUGGCUCAAUGGGAAAACCUUCUCCUGCUUUUGAUGUUAAGAUUGUAGAUGUAAAUGGCAAUGUUCUACCUCCUGGACAAGAAGGAGAUAUUGGCAUUCAAGUUCUACCUAACCGACCAUUUGGCCUUUUUGCUCAUUAUGCAGAUGAUCCUUCAAAAACAGCUUCAACUCUACGAGGCAAUUUCUAUAUCACUGGGGACAGAGGGUAUAUGGAUGAAGAUGGGUAUUUUUGGUUUGUUGCAAGAUCAGACGAUAUCAUAUUAUCCUCUGGUUAUCGAAUUGGACCAUUUGAGGUAGAAAAUGCCCUGAAUGAACACCCUUCAGUUGCAGAGUCAGCUGUUGUCAGCAGCCCAGACCCCAUCAGAGGAGAGGUAGUAAAGGCUUUUAUUGUUCUAAAUCCUGAUUACAAGUCACAUGAUCAAGAACAACUAAUAAAGGAGAUUCAGGAGCAUGUUAAAAAAACUACAGCACCUUACAAAUAUCCCAGAAAGGUAGGCAUCCUAAUUAUAACAAAUAUUUGCUCAGUGUUAUGGAAAAUUUCAACUGUUUAUUUUUACAUUUUAAUGAAUAUUUUCUUCACACAUGCUACACCACAUGUCCCAAACUGAACUGAUGACAUAUGGGUAAAAAUCAGAAUCUUUGAGAUUAAAAUGAAACCCUGAACCUAUUUUGUUUGAUCCUUUGGCUUACUGGACUUGCAGUAAAUACUUAAUAUCAAGACAAGUUUCCUAACAAUACCCUUUUCCCUAUUUUGGUUUUACCCAAAACCCAUUCCAAAGACUAUUCUAAUUCUUCCACCUAGAAUUCAUAAUCAAACUGCUAUAUAAUUGGCUUUAUGUAAAGAUAAAAAUUUCCAGGCUAAUUUUCUUCCUCUUGAUGCCAACAGGUAGAAUUUAUUCAAGAGCUGCCAAAGACUAUCAGUGGGAAGACAAAAAGAAAUGAACUGAGAAAGAAAGAAUGGAAGACAAUUUAAAUUUGUUUCAUUAAUUACCAUAUCUAUAAAACAAACAUAGUAUCUGUCAAUCUCUAGAAACCACAGGAUGAUGGAGACGUGAUAAAAACUGUGGUAGUAUGCUUAGAAACUGUUGAUUUUUUAAAAUAUCUUGUGGUUAUGAUAUCAGAGGCUAAAUUUUGAAAUAAAAUAUUUGGCAAAUUCCUCCA